ACCGGAAGUAGUCAUGGAUGACGUAAAAGUGUAGCGCUGUGGGUGAUUCCGGAAGAAACUAGAGUGCGGCGUGAACAUGGGGAAGCAAAAGAAAACAAGGAAGCAUGCGACUAUGAAGCGAAUGCUUAGUCUCAGAGAUGAGAGACUUAAAGAAAAAGAUAGAUUAAAGCCUAAAAAGAAAGAAAAGAAAGAUCCCAGUGCACUGAAGGAAAGAGAAGUCACCCAACAUCCUUCCUGCUUGUUCUUCCAGUACAAUACACAGCUAGGUCCACCUUACCACAUCCUUAUUGACACCAACUUCAUCAACUUUUCCAUUAAAGCCAAACUGGACUUGGUACAGUCAAUGAUGGACUGUCUGUAUGCCAAAUGCAUCCCUUGUAUAACUGAUUGUGUAAUGGCUGAAAUUGAGAAGUUGGGGCAGAAGUAUCGAGUGGCACUAAGGAUUGCCAAGGAUCCACGAUUUGACCGACUGCCAUGCACACACAAGGGAACCUAUGCAGAUGACUGCUUGGUACAGAGAGUAACUCAGCACAAGUGUUACAUUGUGGCCACAGUUGACCGUGACCUUAAAAGAAGAAUCCGGAAGAUCCCUGGAGUUCCUAUCAUGUACAUUUCUAACCAUAGAUACAACAUUGAGCGGAUGCCAGAUGAUUAUGGAGCCCCUCGGUUCUGAUUCUUAAAAGACUACACUCUCCUGCAUUCCUUUGAACACCUUCUCUAUUACUAGUUCAUUAAACACUCAUUUUUUGAUGCUUUUUCAAAUUGA